GCUGACUCGUGGCUGAACGACUACCGCUACACCCACCUAACCUAACCCGCGGCAAGUAACUGAUCGGCACGCACGCAAACCCGUACCCUGGUUGGGAGCCGGAUCCAUUUCCCCAGGAUAUGUCACCAAGAGGAUGGUGUUGGACUAGUUACCGCGGCUUUGCACAUUAGUGGAAACAAUGAAGCUUGUGCUAGUUACAGGAACGAGGGUAUGUGACGGGGGACUGGUGGGAGCGGAGCGUUAGCGCAAGGGAGCCUUGAGUCAACACCUCGACUAUAAAGCACAGGGUCACCCACUCGUCAUUUAAGACACCAGGUGGUUACUGAAAAACAAGAGGUCUUCAUUCCAACGGCUUUACUCCUUGACAAUGUUCUUCAGUCUCGCCUCCGUGGCUCGCGCCGGCCUCGCCUUGCUUGCCGUGGCUCCCUCCGCCCUUGGCCGGGCCCUCAACGAGCCCCAGACCCGAGCUCUGCCUCCCGACAGCGAUCCCUUCUACAAGCCGCCUGCUGGUUUUGAGUCUGCUGAGGCCGGCGAUGUGCUCCGAUCUCGCCGCAUCUUUCCUGGCUUCUUCGGCUUCAUCCCCGACCCAGUCGAAGCUUACCAGGUGCUGUACCGCACCGAAGCUGUUGACGGCACUCCCAUUGCCACUGUCACCACCAUCUUCAAGCCUCCCUUCGCCAAGACUGAUCGCUUUAUAAGCUAUCAUACUGCUUAUGAUAGCUCUGGAACCAUCUGCAACCCUAGCUACUCGUAUCAGCUGGGUUCUAUCCCAGUCAACCCGCUCAACUCGGUUGAGCUCCUCGAGAUCCAGCUAUACCUGCUCAACGGCUACAUAGUGUCCUCUCCUGACUAUGAAGGCCCCGAAGCCUCCUUCGCUAGCGGCCAUCUUACAGGCAAGGGAGUCCUAGAUGGCAUGAGAGCCGUUACCAACUUCCGCAAGACGCUUGGCCUCAGCAGCACCCCCAAGAUUGUAGGCAUGGGCUACUCUGGCGGCGGUCUUGCUACUGGCUGGGCCGCAGCCUUGCAGCCAACAUAUGCUCCAGAACUAUCCAUGAAGGGCUGGGCCGCCGGCGGAAUUCCUGCCAACCUGACAGCUAUUCUUCUGUCCUUGGACAAGACAGUAGCCAGUGGCUUUGUACCCGUUGCUGUCGCAGGUCUCCUCAAGCCCAGCGCCUAUGGCAAACAGCUGCAGCCCCUGGUAGACCGUAUCAUUACGCCUGCCGGCCGUAAAGUCCUCGCUACAGCCGACACCAAGUGCACUGUUGAUGCACUCCUCGCCUUUCCCUUCCAAUCUGUCCUCAGCACCGACUUCCAGAGCCUUGGCCGCGAUCUGCUGUACGAGUCCACAAUCUCCGGUAUUCUGGCCGACAACACCCUCGGUGUCAAGAAGGAUCAGACACCAACAGCGCCGCUCAUGCAAUACCACGCCACGCCUGACGAGAUUGUCCCCUAUGGACCAGCCGCCAUCCUGCGCAAAUCAUGGUGCGACUUUGGCGCUACUGUCAAGUUCACCGAGUACGCAGCGGGUGGUCAUGGAACCACCGUAGUGCUUGCUCUCCUUGACGUUUUGCAGUUUACAAAGGAUGCCUUUGCCGGAAACGUCGCCGCCGGGUGUACCACGCGCACACUUCUCGACAACAAGCUCGACCCGUUGGCCUUUGGUGUCAUGCUGGAGCCUCUCGCCGUUGGGCUAAUCAACUGGCUGGCAUCCAUGGGCGACAAGGACGCCAAAUGGCUCGACUCGAUCAAGAACGGCGAUCGAACGGCGGUUGCAAGCGGCGCCAACUAAUUGUAAAUUCUGUAUAAACAAGUUACAUAGCCACGGCAUUUACCAGUAGGAACUGAGUAAAAAGCGAAAUAAAUACUUGCACCUCGAUUGUACUUUGCGAAGUAUUGAUCUGAUAGUUUGCCCUUUGGUUCGGCCUUGGUCGUACCUUUGAGAAAGAAUACUACAAAUUUAAACAAGUUAUAUUCAUAGCAAUUCAGUACUGUUGGGUGUAACUGUUGAAAAUAUUUUCAAAUGUCAUUACAAGAAAAAAAACGGAUAUUAGAAUAAGUAUAUAUGUGAUACUUCUUACAUAGGUAGCAGUUCCGCAG